AUGCUGAACCGAAUUAAUCCCAACUUGUCUGUCGGCAACGCUUUCGUCCUUCUGCUAUCUUUGACGGCAAUAAUAUUCCUUAGAUUUAUUUAUCAAGUUUUAAGUAACCCUCUCAACAGGCUUCCCGGGCCUAGAUCUGCCAAGUGGACCAAUUUGCUUCACAACUAUUACUCCCUGAAGGGUCAACUUCCUGACUAUGUCCAUUCUUUGCAUGAAAAAUAUGGCCCUAUCGUACGGGUCAGCCCGACUCGAGUUGACAUCUGCGACGCGUAUGCAGUAAAAGAGAUCCACAAGACAAACACCAAAUACUACAAGACAGAGUUUUACCAGCGGCUAACCGCGAUGGAAACUGACAACUUGUUCAGCACUGCCGACUCACAUUUCCAUGCCGCUCGUCGUCGACUCCUUGCAUCGCCAAUUGCCGACUCUGCACUAUCCCAUCAUCUGCCUCAGAUUUCUAAUCGAGUUAAUUAUACCAUUGAACGCAUCUCAGAGGAGAUGAUGGACCGAGGUGCUGCAGAUAUUUUCAAAUGGUGGUUAUUUAUGGCGACCGACAUCAUCGGCGAGUUGAGUUUUGGAGAAUCUUUCAAAAUGCUCGAGGCAGGCACACCGACUCAAUAUUCCAGAGAUCUAGCGAUGCUCGCCGGGAUCCAACCUAUCCGAACAAUCUUCCCGACCCUCGUCAAACUUGGGGCUUACCUACCACUUCCUCUCUUCAAAUCGACAGCGGCAGCUGGAAUGCGGAUCGGAUUCUACGCGUACCAGUCGAUUCAGCGAUAUAAGACACACCUCGAAGAGAACCCAGAGAACCCCAAGCCAACCCUAUUCACAAAGAUCUUUGACACCGAGAAGAGUGGUCUCAGCAUGGAAGACAUCCUAUACGAGGCGCAGGGCUAUAUUAUUGCCGGUAGCGAUACCACGGCUGUCACUUUGACUUAUCUUAUUUUUUCUGUCUGCCAGAAUCCUCAGAUACAAGCAAAACUGGUUGAAGAGUUGUCUGAUUUACCUGAACCAGUAACAGACAAAGAUCUUCGCAAUCUGCCUUAUCUGGGUAAUGUUAUAAGUGAAGCUCUGCGCCUCUACACUGCUAUCCCCUUUGGCCUACCUCGGGCUGUUCCACCAGAGGGUGCAAACUUCUGUGGUUAUUUUAUUCCUAGUGGUGUGACCGUAUCUACACAGUCAUUCAUGCCCGAGCGCUGGCAAAAUACAACUAAGUCAAUGAAAGAUAUGUCAAUGCCAUUUGGUGGCGGUUCGCGAGUCUGCAUUGGAAUACAUCUUGCCCGUAUCGAACUUCGUCUCGCUACUGCUUUGUUCUUCCGCCGAUUUCCCGAGGCUCGCAUUUCCAAAAAGGAGGGGAUGAGUAGAGAAGAUAUGCUUAUGAAGUGCUUUUUCCUCAUGACUCCGAAGGGUCACCGGUGUCUGAUUGAGGCCUAA